UAAAGUAAACACGGAAACCCUAUAUAAACACCCGAAUUUAUUAAAUUUUUAUUACGUUCUCUAAUGACGUAGUGAACUCACUAACUGCAAACAUGUCUCGCUACUUUCUCAUCUUCUUCCUCGCUUCAUUCGUCGUUGCAAUGGUAGCAUCCAUGCCCAACGAUGACGUCCUGGCUCGCUCUGCAAAGCCUGGAAAUUGCCCCUCUGACGAGGGUUGGGCAUCAAUUUGCACGAACACCUGCUUUAGAGACUCUGACUGCCCCGACGACCGCAAAUGCUGCCUCUUCGGUUGUGCGCAUCAUUGUGUUGAUCCAGAUUUUAACUAAACGAAUCCUGGCACAGAAAAAACAAACAAAUCUUAUGAAAAUUGUCUUUGGAUUAUAAUUCGUUAUAAUAAAUAUAUUGAUAUUA